UUAAAAGUUUUUUACAUAGAAAUAAUUAAAAAUCAAUUAAAACAAUGAUGGAAGUUGACGUUUUGAAGCCCGGGACAGCUCCUUUACCUGAAGAAACAGUUCUUUGGUUCGAAUUUCUGCUCAAACCGAGUUUAUUGGAUUUGCAUUUGAAGAAAUUGAAGCCGGAUCCAUCUCCCAUUGAUUUAAUUCAACUUUUUCUCUCGGUGACGGAAGUAUCUCCCACGGAGCCCAGCUCUCCCGACUCGGAAGCGAGUAAAAAAGAAGGUUUACAAGCAAAAAUCGGUCGCAAAAACCUGGCAUUAAAAAUUCUCGCAUUAAAAGUCGCCGCACAUUUGCAUUUCAACCUCGACAUUAUCGAGAAAAAUCUUCCGCUGUCGAAACAAGUUCAAUUGUUAAGCGAUUUGUGCACUGUGACAUCUGGCAAAGUUCAAAACUUACCGAUAUCACUCGUGAACGAUUGCGUUAUUGGUCCCGAUGGUUCAAAGCAAUCACUGACAUUCGCCUUGACUUUAUAUCAUCGUUUUAUCUUGCGAGCUCAAGUAAGGCGGGGAUGCCAGACAAAAAGUAACAAAGUUGUGAUGAUCCCGCCCGGGCCAGAUCCCAAUUUGAUUCCUACUCGUGAUGAUUACUUCAUUUCGUCGAUGGAGGCACUCACGCAGAACAGCAUAGACUUUUUAACGCAAAUUAUGGAAGAUAAAGAGGCGUUUAAACUCUUGACUUAUGAUUGUUUUGUGGCGUUAGAUGCAAAUAGUGACAAUGUGCUGCAGAAAUUCGAUGCUGCGGAGCCAAUUUCGAAAAUUGAGGUACAAACCCAGAUUUAUUUCGACUUGUGCAUCUACUUUUUGUUCAUCAAGAGUUACGGGAAGGCUCGUGAGAAUGUUUUGAAGUGUCGUGACAGCUUGCGGAUGUUAAAGCAUGAGUACGCGAUGAAAGGCAAGAAGGAUUUUUUGUAUUGCACCGUCGAUGAAGAAGAGUUGGAAGCAUAUUUACUCGCUUGUGGCGUCUUUGAGGAAGACCAAAGCCUGUUACUGAAGAUGAACAAGUCAAUAAUGGCCAAAUACGAAGGAAUUGUCGACGUUUUGAAGGAAGACAACUUAAAAUGUGAAAUUCCGAUCGUGCAACGAAAAAUUUUAGAACUCGAUGUUGAAGGAUCUCUCUCCACGGGACAACUUCCGAGCAAUGGGCGUGAAACAUAUCACACUGUAAUCGCCUUAAAUACCAUCCGAUACAUCGUCGAUGACACUGACAUGAUGGCUUUUGACCUUUUUAUCGAGAAAUACAAACGAAAUGAUGACGUCCUCGAAAAAUUUUUCGCCACAAUUAACGACACCUACAACAGUUUCGACACAAAAUCUCGUGUCAAGAUAAAACAAUACGUUUUGCGGCUCGUUUCAAUUUUGUCAGAUUUACAAUUGAACACACUUUUGAAGCCAUCCACGGUUUUAUCGCAGCAAGAAAUCAGCGAUUUGCGACGUCAAAAGUCCGAAGACGCAAUUACCAUCACAGGAAUCGCUCAAAACACAAAUUGGUCGUUUACGGAGGGCAAAACGAUGAGUCGCUUGGAGAUCGCGCACAUCGAACGUCAAUUAAUCAACUGUACAAAUCCGAAAACGUCACGUACGCUGUUAGUCCGUUUGGCGAGCAUGAACCCAAGUAAGCUUCUAUGGAGCAUAAACCCAAGUUGGGUGAUUCCGGAUCCAAUUCGCGCUUUAAUCCUGUCAUUACCACGCGGAUUCUUGCAAGAUUUUUCCUACGUGCUUACGGGAAAAGCCAAAGAACUCGUGGGAAAAAGUGAUUUUUCAACAGCAAUCACGAUGCUCAAUGCGGUAAAAGCUGAAACGCAACGUGCUGACUUCGCAUCGAACCCAAAUGUCGUCAAACUGGGGAAAUUAAUUCAAUACGAAAUUUAUUUCAUCCAAAUUCAGCAAUGUUCGGAAGAAUGGCCUCGUAAACCAGCCGGUAUUGUUGCCAGUGCGAAGCAACUUCUCGCAACACUCACAAAUAACGAAAGUGUCAUCCCGCGUUUGGAGAUUUUGGAGGCAGCGGCGACGAUGUUACUCAAUCUCUGUGAAUGGCAAAGCGUAAUAACGACGGAAAAGCGUUCGGCGUACUUGGAUUUGUGUUCGGCUUUUGCUACGGCCAUCAUUGACAUCGACAAAAUGAAGGGACAAGUCCAGAAAAAGGUGAAUAAGGAACCGUGGGACAUGAUUUUGCCGGUUUUUCUGAAUCAACCGAAUAAUGCGGCAAGUACGAAGCGACAAACGGGACGCGAUUCGAGAGAUUCGCCUUCGUUGCAGCAGAAUUUGAAUUUAAAUGCGUUUUUGAAACGAUUGCGAGAUCCUUUUAUUAUUUCGAUUUUGUUGUCGUUGCUGUCUCGUCUUCACAAUGCCUUGAAAGAUGAUGGAAAUUUCGAAAUUUAUGCCGAGUACAUGUUAUUAUGGCCUGCAACGGUUAGCAAUGCCAAUGGAUACAACAUCAAAGCCGUUUCCGAGACAAUCAACACUUUACUCAAACAAGCAUUCCGUUAUUACCCAACCAACAUCUCGUGGCUCAAGUUAAAGGGCGAUUUAGAGUUUGUCAACGGCAGUCACGAAUCAGCGAUGAAAUAUUACGUCACUGUAUUGAUCACCGCCAGCGAAUAUUGCAAUUUUACGCAUGCCAGACCGAAUUUCGAUGAGCACAUCAUUCGUCGCAUGAUCAAGUGCACCACAAAUUUGGGUUCGUACAUGCAAGCUGCCAUUCUUUGUCAAUUUCUGGAAGAAACAGACUACGGACUUGCCUUCAAAAGUAUCACGGAAAAGACUUAUAGCUUCUCGGAUGCCAUGGAUGCCUAUUACGGAUGCAUUUGGGACGUAACGUUGCUCGAAUUCAUCAUUAACAUGCACAACAAGAAGGGAGAACACAAGAGAAAGUUGCAGGCAAUCUCGUAUAUGGGCUUAUUGGAGCUGAAUGCGAAUAAUAAUGACGAAAUUAGCAGACAAGCAGCUACUGCGAGGAAAAUUAAGUUCUUAAGAUCGUUAGCUAAGCAGUACAUGUUGACUUAAGAUUUUUUUUCUUCGAAUUUUUAAUAAAAA